AGCAGCCAAUCAGAACGUAGGUUUUUGUCUCGCGGAGGGCCGCUGCAUGUUCUCUCAUCAUGAUGGGGCCACCAGGAAUCCCGCCUCACUUCCCUCCAAUGGGAAUGCCACCCAUGGGCCAGAGGCCGCCCAGCCUGGCUCCCAUGCCCCCGGGAAUAAUGCCACCCAUGAUGCCUCCAAUGGGCGCUCCACCAAUUGGACAGAUGCCAGCCAUGAUGCCACCAAUGAUGCCUGGAAUGAUGAUGCCACCUCGUCUGCCAGCUGCAUCAAUCCAGCCUACAGGACCGCCUGGUGUGAGUCCAGUGGAGGCUGCAGCUCCGGCUGCUCCUGGAACAACUAGCACCACAUCAACCGAGUCUUCACCUGAUGAACAGCCAAAAAAGAAGUCAGUGUGGACCGAGCACAAAUCUCUGGAUGGAAAAAUCUACUACUACAACACAGAGACCAAACAAUCCACCUGGGAGAAACCAGAUGAACUCAAAUCACCCGCAGAGCAAAUGUUGUCGAAAUGCCCAUGGAAAGAGUAUAAGUCAGACACCGGAAAGCCCUAUUACUAUAACUCACAGACCAAAGAGUCUCGCUGGACUAAACCCAAAGAACUGGAAGACCUGGAAGCUAUGAUAAAGGCAGAGGAAAAUGGGACGGCUGAUGUUGUGGCUCCUGGCACCACCCCCGCUCUUACAGCUCAGAGCGAGUCUUCUGUUACUGUGGCGCCGGUUGCUGAGACAGAGGCUACCAUGGUGACUGGCACCAUCGAGGAACAGCCUUCUCACGUGCCUGCGCAGGCUGUUGAGGUCAGCAGUGAUGUCGCUGUGAACUCCACUGAGGAAACGCCCAGCGUGGAGACCCAGCCUAGUAACGACGUUUCAAAGGAGGAGAGACCUGAGCUGGUGAAGAAAGUUUACAAGUGGAAUACAAAAGAGGAGGCGAAGCAGGCCUUUAAAGAACUCCUGAAAGAAAAGGGCGUUUCUUCCAAUGCAUCAUGGGAGCAGGCAAUGAAGCUGAUAAUUAAUGACCCUCGUUACAGUGCUCUGCCCAAGCUGAGUGAGAAGAAACAGGCGUUCAAUGCUUAUAAAGUGCAGACAGAAAAAGAGGAAAAGGAAGAAGCCAGAAUAAAAUACAAGGAGUCUAAAGAGACUUUCCAACGCUUCCUGGAGAACCACGAGAAGAUGACGUCAACCACACGAUACAAGAAAGCGGAGCAGAUGUUUGGAGAUCAAGAGGUUUGGUCGUGUGUUCCAGAGAGAGACCGGCUGGAGAUCUAUGAAGAUGUGCUUUUUUAUUUGGCAAAGAAAGAGAAGGAACAAGCUAAACAGCUGAGGAAGAGGAACUGGGAAGCACUGAAGAACAUUCUGGACAAUAUGGCCAAUGUGACAUACAGAACAACAUGGUCUGAGGCGCAACAGUACCUGCUGGACAAUCCCACAUUUGCUGAAGACGAGGAGCUACAGAACAUGGACAAGGAAGAUGCGCUGAUCUGUUUUGAGGAACACAUCCGUGCGCUUGAGAAAGAGGAAGAAGAUGAGAAGCAGAAAACUCUGCUGCGCGAGAGACGUCGACAGCGCAAGAACAGAGAGUCUUUCCAGAAAUUCCUGGAUGAGCUUCAUGAUCAUGGGCAGCUGCACUCCAUGUCUGCUUGGAUGGAGAUGUACCCAACCAUCAGUGCCGAUAUUCGCUUCAGCAACAUGCUGGGCCAACCAGGCUCCACGCCUCUGGACUUAUUCAAGUUUUACGUGGAGGAUCUGAAAGCUCGUUACCAUGAUGAGAAGAGAAUCAUUAAAGACAUCCUGAAGGAUAAAGGUUUCCUUGUGGAGAUCAACACAGGCUUUGAGGACUUUGGCUCAGUGAUCAGCUCUGAUAAACGCGCCACCACACUUGAUGCAGGAAACAUCAAACUGGCCUUCAACAGUUUGCUCGAGAAGGCUGAAGCACGAGAGCGGGAACGGGAAAAAGAAGAGGCCAGAAAGAUGAAGAGGAAGGAAGCGGCAUUUAAGAGCAUGUUAAAACAGGCCACACCCCCUCUAGAACCCGAGGCAACGUGGGAGGGAGUACGAGAGCGCUUCCUGAAAGAACCAGCUUUUGAAGACAUCACGCUGGAGUCAGAGAGGAAGAGAAUAUUCAAAGACUUCAUGCACGUUCUAGAGCACGAGUGUCAGCAUCAUCACUCCAAGACGAAAAAACACUCCAAGAAAUCCAAGAAACACCACAGGAAGCGUUCCCGAUCUCGAUCAGGCUCGGAGUCAGAGGAUGAUGAGUAUCACACAAAGAAGAAGAAACGUUCAACAUCUAAAUCUCCAUCUGAGCACUCGUCCUCUGGGGAAUCAGAGAGAAGUUACAAGAAAUCGAAGAAACACAAGAAGAAGGGAAAGAAAAGACGACAUAAGUCUGGUUCCCCUGAGUCUGAAGGAGAGAGAGAGCGGAAAGGAAGAGAGAAGGACAAAGAUAAAGAGAACGACAAAUCCAGAGCCAAGCUGCGCGGAGAAUCCAAACAGAAAUCCCCCAAAAGAAAGAGCGCUAAAGAAGAGGGUGGAUGGGAUACGUCUGGCAGUGAACUGAGUGAAGGAGAGCUGGAGAAGAGGAGGCGCACACUUCUAGAGCAGCUGGAUGCUCCGUAAAUCCCUCUGUGUGUAUGUGUGUGUGUGUGCGUGUUUGUCCAUCUCCGCCUCUCUCUCUUGCAUUCCCGUAAUGUUGUGUCCUCCUGGAGCGUGCUGGCAGAUUGUCCAUCAGCAUCUGAGCAGCGGGUAUUCAGCUGAGUUGAUGAUGAAAUCUCUGCGAGAGACACGGUUUGUCUGAACAUCAGCACUCUUCUUCAUCUGGGCCACAUGCUUGAUUUGUUUUCGUAAGAUUAUUUUCAGAGGUCGCGAGCGUUAUGUUGCCUUUAACUGCAGAACCUUUUUUUAGGUAGUUGUAAAUUUGUUAUUGCCAAUAGUUUUAAACAUUACCGGAGGAAAUUACCAAGCCUGAAGAAAACAAAGAACACGCCUGAUAUUCAGCUCCAGAUUAAUCUGGACAAUUGUAUGUGGAAGCCAUUUUUGGAAAGCAAUGUUAUUAUCCGUAUGAAAAUUAAUCAAAUAUCUGCAGCGUUGUUUUCAACUUGAAUUUUGACAAAUAAACUAUGAAAAAGG